AUGUCUGGCCAUUACGACGAUGGUUACGGCCAUCAAGGCCAUGGUGGUGAUGCCUAUUACCAUGACGAUCAGCAUGGGUACUACGAUCAAAACGAGUACUCGAAUUACGGAGACGGCUACUACGACCAGAGUGGCUACUACGGCGAGCACAACGGUGAAGGUCACGGCGAGCACAACGCUGAAGGUCACAGCGAGCACAAUGCAGGAGGCGGCGGCUAUUAUGAAGGUGGUCAAGACAACUACUACAAUGAUCAGUACUACGAUCAAGGCCAUGGUGGACAUCCUGACUACGCACAGAACGGCCGCGGUCGUCGACGUGGCGAUUCUGAAGAGGACUCGGAAAGUUUUAGUGAUUUCACCAUGAGAUCCGAGACAGCGCGUGCCGCCGACAUGGACUACUACGGUCGCGGCGAUGAACGCUACAAUAGCUACAACGAAAGCCAGAUGGGUGGUCAAGGAUAUGGAAACUACCGCCCACCGUCUUCUCAGAUCUCCUACGGUGGAAACCGCUCAUCGGGCGCCUCAACCCCGGUUUAUGGCAUGGACUAUACCAACGCUCUCCCCGCCGGUCAGCGUUCUCGCGAGCCGUACCCAGCUUGGACUUCGGAUGCUCAGAUCCCCCUUUCCAAGGAGGAGAUUGAGGACAUCUUCAUUGACCUCGUCAACAAGUUUGGUUUCCAACGCGACAGCAUGCGGAACAUGUACGACCAUUUCAUGACUCUUCUCGAUUCUCGUGCGUCUCGCAUGACCCCCAAUCAGGCACUUCUCUCGUUACAUGCAGACUAUAUUGGUGGUGACAAUGCCAACUACCGCCGUUGGUACUUCGCAGCUCAUCUCGACCUUGAUGAUGCCGUGGGAUUCGCCAAUAUGCAGCUUGGAAAAGCCAAUCGUAGAACCCGAAAGGCCCGUAAAGCGGCCAAGAAGGCUGCUGAGCAGAAUCCCGAGAAUGAACAAGCAACGCUUGAUGCGUUGGAGGGCGACAAUAGCUUGGAAGCUGCCGAGUUCCGCUGGAAGACACGUAUGAACCGCAUGUCUCAACAUGAACGUUGCCGACAGAUCGCCCUCUAUCUGCUUUGCUGGGGUGAGGCCAAUCAAGUACGAUUCACGCCCGAGUGUCUCUGCUUCAUCUUCAAGUGUGCUGAUGACUACUUGAACUCCCCCGCAUGCCAAAAUCGUGUCGAGCCCGUUGAAGAAGGAACAUAUCUCAACAAUGCCAUCACUCCUCUGUAUAGCUAUCUGCGUGAUCAGGGUUAUGAGAUUUACGAUGGUAAAUAUGUUCGUCGUGAGCGUGAUCAUAGCCAGAUUAUUGGCUACGACGAUGUCAACCAGCUCUUCUGGUACCCUGAAGGUAUCGAGCGCAUCAUCCUGGAAGACAAGACGCGGCUUGUGGAUAUUCCGCCCGCAGAGCGAUGGGAAAAGCUGAAGGACGUCAACUGGAAGAAAGUAUUUUUCAAGACUUAUCGUGAGACCCGUUCCUGGUUCCACAUGAUUACUAACUUCAAUCGAAUCUGGGUUAUUCACUUGGGUGCUUUCUGGUUUUUCACUGCCUUCAAUGCCAAGUCGCUGUACACCAAAAAUUAUCAGCAACAACUCAACAAUCAGCCUCCUGGCUCUUAUUCGUGGUCAGCAGUUGCCCUGGGUGGCACACUCUCUUCUCUCAUCAACAUUGUUGCAACCAUUUGCGAGUGGGCUUACGUUCCACGUAAAUGGGCCGGUGCCCAGCACUUGACCAAGCGUCUUAUGUUUCUGCUCGCAGUCUUCGCCGUUAACAUUGGACCUGCUAUCUAUGUCUUUGGUGUAUCGAAAGAUGGCACAGACACUAUUGCAUUGGCCCUCGGUAUCGUACAGUUCUUCAUCGCUUUGGCAACGUUCUUCUUCUUUGCGGUCAUGCCACUUGGUGGUUUGUUUGGCAGCUACAUGAAAAACAAUACACGCCAGUACGUUGCCAGUCAGACCUUCACAGCCAGCUUUCCUCAACUCAGUGGUAAUGGUAUGUGGAUGUCUUAUGGCAUGUGGGUUUGCGUGUUCGCCGCCAAAUUGGUCGAAUCAUACUUCUUCCUCACACUCUCCUUCAAGGACCCCAUCCGUAUCCUUCGCCCGAUGAAGAUCGAGCACUGUUUGGGUGAUAAGAUCAUCAAAGAAUAUCUGUGCCAUGCUCAACCUCAAAUCCUUCUUGGUUUGAUGUUCUUCACGGACUUGACUCUUUUCUUCCUGGAUAGCUAUUUGUGGUACAUCAUCUUGAAUACAAUCUUCUCAGUGGCGCGAUCGUUCCAUCUGGGUGUGUCUAUCUGGAGUCCUUGGCGAAACAUCUUCUCUCGGUUGCCCAAGCGUAUCUACUCCAAGGUUCUCGCUACCACGGAUAUGGAAAUCAAGUAUAAGCCGAAGGUCCUGAUCUCUCAGGUCUGGAACGCCAUUGUCAUUUCCAUGUACCGUGAACAUCUCCUCGCCAUUGACCAUGUUCAGAAGCUUCUCUAUCAUCAAGUUCCUUCGGAGCAGGAAGGCAAGCGGACUUUGAGAGCGCCCACAUUCUUCGUCUCUCAGGAGGAUCAUUCAUUCAAAACCGAAUUUUUCCCCUCUCAGAGUGAAGCGGAGCGUCGCAUUUCGUUCUUUGCCCAGUCGCUUUCAACCCCCAUUCCUGAACCACUUCCCGUCGACAACAUGCCAACUUUCACCGUUUUGAUUCCUCAUUACAGCGAAAAGAUUCUCCUUUCCCUGCGAGAGAUCAUUAGGGAAGACGAACCUUACUCUCGUGUCACUCUUCUGGAAUACUUGAAGCAGCUCCACCCACAUGAGUGGGACUGUUUUGUGAAGGACACCAAGAUUCUUGCAGAUGAAACCUCUCAAUUCAAUGGCGAGUAUGAGAAAUCCGAGAAGGAUGCAGCACGAAACAAGAUCGACGACCUCCCUUUCUACUGCAUUGGUUUCAAGUCUGCUGCUCCCGAAUACACUCUGCGCACUCGUAUCUGGGCAUCUCUUCGUACUCAAACCCUCUACCGUACAAUCUCCGGUUUCAUGAACUACAGUCGUGCCAUCAAGCUCCUUUAUCGGGUUGAGAACCCCGAAGUUGUCCAAAUGUUUGGCGGCAACUCGGAUAAAUUGGAACGUGAAUUGGAGAGAAUGGCGCGCCGGAAGUUCAAGAUCUGUGUCUCUAUGCAACGUUACGCCAAGUUCAACAAGGAAGAGCGUGAAAACACCGAAUUCCUUCUCCGUGCUUACCCCGACCUCCAGAUCGCUUACCUUGAUGAAGAACCACCGGCUAACGAGGGUGAGGAGCCAAGACUCUACUCUGCUCUUAUUGAUGGACACUCGGAGAUUUUAGAGAACGGUCUUCGGAAGCCCAAGUUCCGCAUUCAGCUCUCUGGCAACCCCAUUCUAGGAGACGGGAAGUCCGACAACCAGAACCACUCCAUCAUCUUCUAUCGUGGUGAAUACAUUCAGUUGAUUGAUGCCAACCAGGACAACUACCUCGAGGAAUGUUUGAAAAUCCGCAGCGUUCUUGCCGAGUUUGAGGAAUUGACUACGGACAAUGUCUCUCCGUAUACGCCAGGUGUACCUACUCCUAAGACUGAUCCUGUUGCUAUUCUUGGUGCUCGUGAAUACAUUUUCUCCGAGAACAUUGGUAUCCUUGGUGAUGUCGCUGCCGGAAAGGAACAGACGUUCGGUACUCUAUUCGCUCGUACUCUUGCCGAAAUUGGUGGUAAACUUCACUACGGUCAUCCUGAUUUCCUCAACGGUAUUUUCAUGACCACUCGCGGUGGUGUCUCUAAGGCUCAGAAAGGUCUCCAUUUGAACGAGGAUAUCUACGCUGGUAUGAAUGCUGUCCUCCGUGGUGGAAGAAUCAAGCACUGUGAAUACUUCCAAUGUGGCAAAGGUCGUGAUCAAGGUUUUGGAUCCAUUCUCAACUUUACGACUAAGAUUGGUACUGGUAUGGGUGAGCAGAUGCUGUCUCGUGAAUACUACUACCUCGGCACCCAACUUCCAUUGGAUCGUUUCUUGUCCUUUUACUAUGCUCACCCUGGUUUCCACGUCAACAACAUGUUCAUUAUGUUGUCUGUGAACAUGUUCAUGAUUACCAUGGUUAAUCUUGGUGCCCUUCGUCACGAAACCAUCCUUUGCCGAUUCAAUUCCAACCUUCCAAUCACCGAUCCUCUCAUGCCUACUGGUUGCGCUAACCUUGUACCUAUCACUAACUGGGUCAACCGUUGUAUUGUGUCUAUCUUCAUUGUGUUCUUCAUUUCCUUCGUGCCAUUGGUGGUUCAAGAAUUGACUGAGCGAGGUGUUUGGCGUGCAGCAACUCGUCUUGCCAAACAGUUUGGUUCUCUUUCGUUCAUGUUCGAGGUGUUCGUUUGUCAAAUCUAUGCAAAUGCCAUUCAGCAAGAUCUCUCCUAUGGAGGUGCCAGAUACAUCGGUACCGGUCGUGGUUUUGCAACUGCCCGUAUCCCCUUCGGUGUUCUCUACUCUCGUUUCGCUGGACCCUCGAUCUACCUCGGCGCCAGAUGUUUGCUCAUGUUGCUCUUCGCCACGACAACCAUGUGGACUGCUGCUUUGAUCUGGUUCUGGGUUUCCUUGACGGCUCUUUGUAUCUCACCGUUUUUGUUCAAUCCUCACCAGUUCUCAUGGAAUGAUUUCUUCAUUGACUAUCGUGACUAUCUUCGUUGGCUGUCGCGUGGCAAUUCCAGAUCCCACAACUCUUCAUGGAUUGCCUUCUGCCGCCUUUCUCGUACCAGGAUCACUGGAUAUAAACGCAAGGUCCUCGGUGUGCCAUCGGAGAAGCUGUCAGGCGAUGUCCCUCGCGCGCGUAUUACCAACAUCUUCUUUUCCGAAAUCCUAGGCCCUUUGGUCUUGGUCGCAGUCACAAUAAUUCCUUAUCUCUACAUAAACGCUCGUACUGGUGUCACGGACAGCGGCGCAACGCCCACCAACGCGCUUAUCCGUAUCGCUAUAGUCGCCUUUGCUCCUAUCGGUGUCAAUGCUGGCGUUGCUGGCGCCAUGUUCGGUAUGGCCUGCUGUAUGGGUCCUGUUUUCAGCAUGUGUUGCAAGAAGUUCGGUUCUGUGCUUGCAGCUAUCGCUCACGGUGUCGCUGUCAUUAUGCUCCUCGCUAUAUUCGAAGUCAUGUUCUUCUUGGAAGGCUGGAGUUUCCCUCGUUGCGUCUUGGGCAUGAUUUCCAUGGCAGCCAUCCAGCGAUUCGUCUAUAAACUGAUCAUUGCUCUCACAUUGACCAGAGAAUUCAAACAUGACCAAUCCAACAUUGCUUGGUGGACCGGAAAGUGGUACAACAUGGGAUGGCACUCUCUCUCCCAGCCCGGCCGUGAAUUCCUCUGUAAGAUCACCGAGCUUGGUUACUUUGCCGGCGACUUCGUCUUGGGUCAUCUUCUCCUUUUCGCCAUGCUUCCCGCUCUCUGCGUGCCAUACAUUGACAAAUUCCAUUCGGUCAUUCUCUUCUGGCUUCGUCCUAGCCGACAAAUUCGCCCUCCUAUCUACUCUUUGAAGCAGUCUAAGCUCCGUCGGCGUCGUGUGAUCCGCUACGCCAUCCUUUACUUCACCAUGCUUAUUCUGUUUAUUGUCCUCGUUGUCGCGCCUUUGGUCGUUCGCCGCAUGAACAUUAAGCUUCCCUCAAUCCCACAGGACCUUAUGCAGCCAUUGGAUGCUGGAGACGCCCAUAACGACACCCAUACAUACUAUACCGGAUCUGGUCUACCGGCCGGUUUUAUCGCGCAUUCUGGUACUGACAGCGGCAGCAAGAGCACCAGCACUGCCGGCGCGAAGAUGAUGUUCAUGUUCUAGACUGCAUACUGAUUUUGAUUAUCUAUUUUUACUUUUAUCUUCACAUCUCGGAUGCUGUACAAAUGCCUGAAGAUCCAGGAAAAUGGCUCAGUUCGGGCAUUCUUUCUUACGACUGCAUCGCCCGCACUCAUUUCACUCAUCACCUCUUUUAUUGCUAGUAAUGAGUAAUUACAUCUCCUGUGCUUUUACUGUAUACGUUUAUGGAGUUGAUUGGCUGUUGUUUCGUCGAACCUAUAUGUCUCUUAAAACCUGCCACUUUCGUUUCUCAUGCGAUUAUGCUUUUUUUAUACUUCUACAAACGCACUAUCUGACGAUAGCCUUUUUGUAUCAUCAAAUGCAAUUCUCUGGUUUUGUUCCAUAUUUCUUCAUCAACAUAUGCGUUGUCUUCUGUAUGGAGCAUAAAUUAUACUGCCCCUUAGGUUU